AUGGACCAGCACUGUCGCCUCAUGUCGAGCGGAAGCAGACAAGCCGGAGGCGACGUCAAGGUGGUGGUCGUGGAGACGCGGUACGUGCGGACGGACGCCAAGCACUUCAAGUACGUCGUCCAAACCCUCACCGGGAAGGACUCCAUCCUCGAGGCCAUGGUGCCGGAGACGCCCAUCGUCGUCCCCGGAAGACCUGCGGAAGACCCGCCUGGCCGUGUCGCGCUCCCGCAGCCGGAUAUGGUGGUGCAAGAGCUCGAAAGGUUGUAUGCUGUCGACCCACCAUCACCAAAGCUGCAUGAUGAAGCUUCAUCUCGUGAAUGUUACUAUCCUUUCGGCUAUUUCCAUUAG